AGCCCACCUCCACCACGCCACGCCACUCCGCCAACCCCCCUUCCCUUUCCCCACUCCCUUCCGCCGUCGUCAACCCCAUCACCGGCAAAUCCCUCCCCCCCCCGCGAAUCCCGCCGCCCCUCGCAGAUCCGGCGCGCCGGUCGCCGCCCCGCCGCCGACCGGCACCGCAGCAGCGCUCCCCGCCCGCCCAAACCCUAGCCCCCCCUCCCCCUCCCCUCUGCGCGGAGAUCUGACCGCCCGACUGACGGGCCCGAGGCGGCGGACCGGAAGCGGAACCGGGACCCCAACCCGGCCGAGAUGGGGGACUUCAACGUGGCGCUGGUGAUCGUGGCGGCGGUGGUCAGCGUGCUGGUGCUGCUCGUCAGCGUCUACCUGCUCGUCAACUACCAGCACCCCGACGACGCCAACCAGGCCUGGUUCCCCAAGCUCGUCGUCGUGCUCGGCAUCACCGUCGCCGUCCUCUCCAUCCUCAUGCUCCCCGCCGACGUCGCCAACCGCCAGGCCUGCAAGCGCGCCGUCUACAGCGGCGCCUGCGCCCUCACCCUCCCCAUGAAGACGCUCUGGCUCGUCGUCUACAUCAUCGACGCCGUCCUCGUCUUCCUCGUCAUCCCAUUCGCCAUGUUCUACUACGAGGGCGACCAGGACAAGUCCGUCGGGAAGAGGCUCAAGAGCGCCCUCAUCUGGGUCGUCGCCUCCGCCGUCGUCUGCGGCCUCAUCCUCGGCAUCCUAUACGCACUUAUUGGUAAAGUGGACUUCACUGUCAGGCACCUCUCUUCAUCUGUCCAGGCAUUUCCAAAUCCAAACCAGUUCAGUGCAUUCACAAGUGGCCAACCUUGCAUCGCUCCAUUGACCCGUCAGUGUUCAGCUAAUACUGCACCUGCUAACUCCCAAACAACCUGGACAAUGCGCGCUACAUUCCCCGAAUACGUGGUGGCCCUUGCUACCAUUGUUGGAUCUGUGCUCUUCACAAUAUUUGGUGGUGUUGGCAUUGCUUGCCUUCCAUUGAGUCUUAUAUUCUCGUUUGUCCGGCGUCCAAAAGCUGUCAUCACACGCUCACAAUAUAUAAAGGAAGCUACUGAAUUAGGUAAGAAGGCCAAGGAAUUGAAGAAGGCAGCAGAAGCCCUUCACCAAGAAGAGAGAAGUGGGAACAAAGGCAGAAAAUGGCGCAAAAACGUGAAGGCUGUCGAGAAGGAGUUGUUACUUUUGGAAAAUGACAUGAAUGCUCUAGAAGAGAUGUACCCUCAAGGAGAGAAGGUAACUACUCUAGAUUCUUAUAUUCAUUGUUUUUUAUGGUUGUCACUUACUCUUGUCUUGACAUCCAUUAUGGUGCAGGCAGAGGCCACCUGGGCUUUUACAGUGCUUGCUUACAUUGGGAAACUCAUAUUCGGCAUUGUUGGGUUAAUUGUAUCAAUUGCUUGGGUUGCACAUAUUAUCAUAUACUUGUUGGUUGAUCCUCCUCUAUCUUCUUUCCUGAAUGAGAUCUUCAUAAAGCUGGACAGUGUUUGGGGUCUGCUUGGGACUGCUGCUUUUGCAUUCUUCUGCUUCUAUCUCCUCAUCGCAGUGAUUGCUGGAGAAAUGAUGCUUGGCCUGAAAUUAGUUUUCAUCACAAUUCACCCAAUGAAAUGGGGAGGAACGUUGAUGAACUCUUUCCUGUUUAAUGUUGGACUGAUCCUACUUUGUUCCAUCAGUGUGAUUCAGUUCUGCGCGACAGCUUUUGCAUACUACGCACAAGCAACUGCAGCUCAGGAGAUCUUUGGCCACACGCUGCAGUCUCUUCGUGGAAUUAAGUAUCUUUACAAGUACAAUGUUUUCCAGUAUGGUUUUGUUGCCCUUGCCAUACUCACCCUCUUCUACUAUGCACUUUUUGGAUGGCGAAAGAGGAAACCGACAGGAAGGUUCCAGCUCUCAAAUUAAUUUUUGGUUUGCUCUGUAAGCAAAGCCUGACAAAUUCAACAUCACAUUUGUUCCUGAGUGAUAGUUUGGUUAGCGAUGUAUAUGAUCUUCAAACCGCUUUCUGGAAGAGUUGGGGAGUUUUCAUGGGUGUAAAUUAGUGGCAACGAAAAUCUUGGAAGAUGGAAACACCCACGGACACGGAUGUUAAAGUAGAAGAACCUAGUUUCCUUUGUAAUGUACACAUCCCUCGUCUUGGUUCUUUUCUGUAUUAUUGUUUUAUGAUCAUCAAUCGGCUUAUGUCAUUAUUGAAGUUUGAUUGGUCUGCAA